UUCACAAUUAAUGCUAACUGCGAAGUCGGUGUGCCCCGUCCCGGCGUGGUUGGUGGUCGCUUACAACGUCUUGCGAGUUAUUGCUUAUUACUUAUUACUUAUUAUCUAUAUUCUAAUAUUCUAUGAAAGUUACAACCAACAGGUUUCGGUUCGCGUCGUAUUUUUAUUUUUUAAUUCCGUCGGUUAAUUUACCUGGACGAUAAUUAUUCUGAUGUCUAAAAAUCAUAGGUUUCAAUCUGACAGUCUCUAGCCAGUGCACCUGUAAAUUGUGUUUCGGUUACCUAUUUUGAUUUGACACCAACUAAAGAUCUAUUAUUUUAUUUGAAAGCACCAUCGGUCAUGGAUUCAGAGAUACCACAUCAUUUAUUGCUCGUUAUGGUCCACUCGUUGGUGGUGGAUGGUGGUGAUCCCAAAUUAAAAAGUGACAUUCUACAACAUCUACUGGUGCUGACGGCUGACAAACACAAAGAAAACAAAGUGAUUGUCGAUAAUAUGGACGAAUUGCUUAGAGGUCUAUUCAAAGUUUUGGAAACCGAUAAGGUCAAUGCCAAUGCAGCCUGUUUGUGUUUAGUCAAUAUUUCGUCAAAAGAAAAUGGUCUGAAAAAAAUAAUGUCAUUUUUAAACAGUAACAUCAGUUCAAAUGACUUGGGAAUCAUAUCAAAAACAAUACGAUAUAUUGAUCAAAAAACACCAGAGAUUGCAAGUUCAGUACUGAAGCUGUUGUGCAACCUAACCCGUGAAAAAAAUCAUGCCAUUCAAGUGUAUGAAGCAUUUGGAGAUCAAACUACAACAUUAGAAUCGUUAAUGAAGUUGUUCAUCACCCGAGAUGUACAACAUGAAACAAAUUAUGAUUAUAUUUCAUAUUUAUUAUCCAAUUUAUGCCAGUUACAUGAAGUAAGAAUGUGGUUAAUGAAUAGUGAUAAUUUGCAAAAAUUAUUUCCAUUUUUAAAUUUAAACAACUCACUUCGAAGAGCUGGUGUUAUCAUGACUUUAAAAAACUGUUGCUUUGAAUUAGAAAAGCAUGAAUGGUUAUUAAGCGAAGAUCUAGAUUUGUUACCUCGCCUUCUUUUACCACUAGCUGGCCCUGAGCAGUUUGAUGAAGAGGAUAAUGAAAAACUACCAUUGGAUUUGCAAUAUCUUCCUGAUGAUAAAGAACGUGAACCAGAUUCAGAUAUACGCCUGGCACUGUUACAAGCUUUGACUCAGUUGAGUGCUAAAAGAGAUUGCAGAGAAAUAAUCAGAGAUCAAGGAACUUAUCUUAUUUUAAGGGAAUUUCACAAAUGGGAACCCAAUAUGGAGUUGAAAUUAGUAUGUGAAAAUCUAGUGGACAUUUUAAUCAAGACUGAAGAUGAAAUAGGAACAGAUAAUUUCCACGACUUAGAUGUACCAGAAGAUUUAAUAGACAAAUUUAAAAAAAUGGAUGAAGCUUAUCUAAGUUGACAUUAAUUCCAACAUAAUUUCCAUACUGUGUUAAUAUUUUUUAUUUUCUGGAUGUAUGUAUUUGGUUUUAUGUAAUAAUAACAUAAUAUUUCUUAUUUUAUUUUUUAAGUUUUUGAUUACUUAAAUAAUUAAUACUGGACACUAUAUUGGAUUUUAUAAUAAAUAAAUCUUGAACCAAAA